UAUCGGCCGAGCUCUGUCAAUGUCGCAUGCAGAAUUUAUGAGAAUUCUUAAAAUGCUUAUUUUGCUUAUUUCCAUUAUGCAAAAUUAAAAUUAACUCUGGCGAAAGCAUUACUAUUAUCAUAACAUGAAUAAUUGCAAUUUGGUAACAAAUAUCGCGGAGUAAAUCAAUAUCUACGCGUAUUUUUAAGCACGUAAUGUGUGCUCCGAUGGUCUAAAAAUCAAGCAAACGUGUUAUUUAAUAAUGUAAGACGCAACACAACAAGUGAGUGCGGGUAUUACAAGUAACUGUAAAAUAAAAAGGACUAAAAACCAGGAAAACUGAUGCUGGCCUUAUAAAAGGAAAAUUGCGACUUAAACAUAAUCAACGGCAAUAUAAACCAUUAUCUGGAGUUUCUCCUAUUGUUGUACUUGAUUUUGCUUACGAUCUUACGUUUAAUAAUGGAUUUGCCUAAAAGUGGAUCUGACGUUUCCGUUUUCACAUAUGCAACGAUGUAAAUAAUAUAAGCAAAAAGUGAAAAUUACAAACCAACAGACCGACCGCAUUGGUGCAUACAUAUGUACAAUAUUGUACAUACAUUUAUUAUAACUCCGCAAGGCUAAGAUCACGUAGAGUCUCAAAUCAAAUGUCAGCUGCUACAUCGGUUGUGUUUGCGAGUUUUGCUGAAACCGGGACUACUGCAACAGUUGAGUACAGAUCGGCUUAUAUAUAAGCUAGUGCGAAAAGAUGCAUUCCUCAUCGGCGGCGUCAAGCGCACUUGUGGAAUACUCGGACGUUAGUUCGGAGGAUUUCUCGGAUCCCGAAGCAGGAGAAAUUGAUUCGGAUGUGGCGUUAACUGGCAGAGCUCCAAUAUCAACAGCUCCAAGUAGAAACCCAGAAUGUCAAGGAAGAAAGCAAAAUUCGGAUGGGGUUUUGCGCGUUACAAAGAGCAAUGACUAUAGGAAAAGACGCACUGAAGAGGACGACAUGACGUCGAUUCUUGCAGUUGGAUCGAGAUCAAGGCAAGUUUCAGUUGUUCCCAGCAGCGGCAGUAGGCUUAGCAUAGCCUCUGUCAAUGAGAAACUAAAUCAUCAUCGUGCCGAAGUCACACUGACGCCAGUCAAAAGUUCAAAGGAGGAGCACCUGCAGUGGGACCGUGAGUUGUACAUGUCAAGCGAUACCAUCGAUACCGAUGAGCUGGAAGCGGAAAUGAAACGGCAGAAACGCAAAAAGCUGAAGAAGGAUAAGCACAAGCAUAAGUCAAAAAAGAAAUCCAAGAAGCGCAAGAAGAAGCGAGCGAAGUCAUACUCUAGCAUUGACUCCUUAUCGGACAGCAAUCUUAAUAAUUUGCUGGACAGGCACAGUCGGUAUACGCCGCCAACGGCACCAAACCGAGCCAAGAGCACUGAGCGCACAGUCAGCGCUGCGCUGCCUUCAUAUACGCCUCACAAAGACAGUCAAAGCAGUCCCAUAUCAGUGGGCACUCCGCCCGCCCGACGUCCCAAUAGCAACAACGCCUAUUACGGCGAAGCAGCUGUUGCUACACCAGGCACUCCCCUAGGCAGCAGCCUACAGGUAACAGUAACGAACAAAACGACUUCAAACAGUCGACAUCGUUCGCCACCGGCACGCGUCGGCGUUGGUGGCAGCAGCCAGCGAUAUGCCACCUCUCCACGCACUCCUCCACAGUCGCUUAAUCACUCACACGCAGUCACUGGUGGCGCUGGUGUUGGUGCGCGAGACUCUCGCAGCUCUCGGUAUGUGCAGAGCCCCCUGAAGGAUGAUUUGAAUGCUCACCACCGCUCUGGAAAUACGUAUGCAGGGCGCUAUUCAGGGGGUGGAUCCAUAGGUGGGCAGGGUAGUAGUCUCGAUGCGCGAAAGCUAAAGCGCAUGUCACCAGAGUUGGACCGCUAUCAUCACCAACCAAGCACGCCGCCGCAUAAGCGACGAAAGUAUAGCGAUGGACGAGAUGCAUCCUUGUCAUCGUCUGUGGGUCCAUAUGAGCACGGCAGGCACCAUGCUGUUAAAUAUGAACGCUACAGCAGAGAUCGCUAUUCAAGGCGGGUGUCCCGGAGUCCUAGCGUGCACCGCCUAUCGCGCAGUCGCCUGUCGCCGGGCGGAGGAGGGACCACUUCAGGCAACAGUAAUAUGUACCGACAAAGAAGCAACAGUAGACAUAAGCACAACAAAUAUAGCGCACCCCAUUCGCCUUCCCCGCCGCUGCCAACGAGGUCGUCUUCCAAGCGAGGUUCUGGCAGUGGCAUGGGCAUUGCCGUUGACCGCUAUUCGUCGCGUUCACCACGGCCAAGUUCACGCUACUAUGAGGCAUCGCCGCCAUCACCGACGGCCGCUUUAGCGUCGACCUCGCAUCAUCAUCGCCGAUCGCCAAGGUCCCAUCAGCAUCAUCGCAACAGCAGCCGAAAACGCUCCCCCAGCUCAGGCAGCAGUCGUAGCUCCCGGUCGCCAACGUCCCGUGAUCUUAAGCAUAAGCGCGAUGAAUAUAUCAAGAAGAUAAGCGAGACUAGCUUGUUCGCCGAGUUGGUAAAGGAUCGCCAUAAACGGCAAAAGGCGUUGAAGGAAAUAAUCGAGCGACAGGAGGAGAACAGCAACAGCAACGGCGCCUUGACUGUCAACGAAAACAGUUCCUCGGUGGAUGGAAAUACGCCCAACGUUGCCGACAAUCGACCAGCAUCGUAUAUGACAGCACAAUCGUCUGCUGGUGCGACGCCAAACGGAGUUGUUAGCGGUGGUAAGCCUGAUUUGGACGUCAACAACAUUCCCAUGCCAAACAGAGAAAAUGAUGCACUACAGCUAAAUCCGGCUGCUGUUGUUAGUGCAGAUGUUACUGAUGCCUCUCCCAAGGCAGUGGCCAUGCCCAUUAAAAUAAACGCCAAUCAAAAACCGAAGAGUCUUACGGCCCUGCCGAUGCCACCGGGCAUGAGUGCAGCCGAUUUAGAAAAUGCACCAACGCCAUCGCCUCCAGAUUUAAGCAAGCAAACAACACCGAAAUCAAUUAAGAAACUCUCGCCCGAUGAUAGGAAUCUGAAUGCCAAUGUCAAUAAGAGCCUUUUGAAUUUGCCAAUGCCGCCCGUUAUACCGGGCAGUGAGGAGUUGAGCGGCGACGAUGAUGUCAUCGACAGUCCCGAGGACUUUGAUACGCCCAGUGGCAACAGCAACAGCAUAAAUACGAGCUCCAAUUCAAAUGCAACACAGGCUGCAACGCGUCGACGUCCAGUGAUACUCAAUCGACGCGACUCUCGAAACAAUGUGCGAGAUUGGGGCGAACGAUGUGUGGAUGUGUUCGAGGUGAUUGCACAGAUUGGCGAGGGUACAUAUGGACAGGUGUAUAAAGCGCGAGAUCAUCAUACCAACGAUAUGGUAGCAUUAAAGAAGGUGCGUUUGGAGCACGAAAAGGAAGGUUUUCCCAUAACGGCUGUGCGCGAAAUCAAAAUAUUAAGACAACUCAAUCAUCGCAAUAUUGUGAACCUACAUGAAAUAGUGACGGAUAAGCAGGAUGCAGUUGAGUUUCGCAAGGACAAGGGAUCCUUCUAUCUGGUAUUUGAGUACAUGGAUCACGAUCUCAUGGGUCUUCUAGAGUCUAACAUGGUUGACUUUAACGAGGAAAACAAUGCGUGCAUUAUGAAACAGCUAUUGGAUGGCCUCAAUUACUGUCACAAAAAGAAUUUUCUUCAUCGGGAUAUCAAAUGUUCCAACAUUUUGAUGAAUAACAAGGGAAAAGUUAAGUUGGCAGACUUUGGCUUAGCCCGAUUGUACAACGCCGAGGACCGUGAGCGUCCCUAUACGAACAAAGUCAUAACGCUUUGGUAUCGCCCACCGGAGCUGCUGCUUGGCGAGGAGCGUUACGGGCCGUCCAUAGACGUAUGGUCUUGUGGCUGCAUCUUGGGCGAACUGUUCCUGAAGCGCCCGCUAUUUCAGGCAAAUGCAGAGAUGGCGCAACUGGAAACUAUAUCCAAAAUAUGUGGUUCCCCGAUUCCCGCCGUUUGGCCCAACGUUAUUAAGUUGCCGCUUUUUCACACGCUUAAGCAGAAGAAAACGCAUCGUCGACGUUUGCGUGAAGAUUUUGAGUUUAUGCCAACAUCAGCACUUGAUCUGCUCGAUAAAAUGCUUGACCUAGAUCCAGACAAACGCAUUACGGCAGAAGAUGCCCUCAGAUCGCCUUGGCUAAAGAACAUCAAUCCAGAUGAAAUGCCAAUACCACAAUUGCCUACAUGGCAGGAUUGUCAUGAGCUUUGGAGCAAGAAACGGCGUCGCCAGCUGCGCGAACAACAAGAAUCGCUGCCACCAGGUGUAAUUUGCUCAGCUAAGUAUCAACAACACGGUGCCACGAUGGUGGGGGAUGCCUAGCAUUUACUCUAUGCUUCAUAUUUUAAUGAAGAGGAAGACUAUAAACAGCGAGAAGUGGAGUGUGCCUGGUGGCAAAGUUAAUACCUAAGUUUUGUAACGAAUUAUAUAAAUAGUUGGCAGGCAGAAUCAGUUCGGGUUGACAUGCUGCUCUACCAAAGCACUCUAUUCUUUAAGUCAUCUCUUAAACAAAAUAACUAAACUAAGAUAACAUUUAAAUAGUGA